CAGCACGCCCUCACGCCCACCGCAGCUCAUGCCCAUGUCGCCAGCAUGGCUGCGGAUCCGACCGACAAUGACCAGCAGGCGGUGACAACGGGAGAAGCUGGCAACGGCACCGACGCGGCCCAGCACGUCGACGACCAUGACAUCGAGAACGAUGACGAUGAAGAAGAGGACGACGACGCAGACGAGGAGCCCAAGCUCAAGUACAGCCGCUUGACGAGCAGCCUGGGGCCUGUGUAUCGCAAUGGCGACGCGACAAGCUCCUUUCUGGUUGCAGGUGAUAAGAUGAUCGUCGGCACACACAAUGGCAAUAUUCACACCCUCACCAUCCCAUCUUUCCAGAUACUGCGUACCUACAACGCCCAUCCGUCGGCCUCAGUUACCGCGCUGUCCGUUUCGCCUCUCCCACGCACGCAGUCUUUCGUCAACCAAGUUGGCUCGCCUAUCAGAGCACCAGAAGCAGAUGCGCCGUCGAGAAAGCCUACACCGCACGCGGGCCGCGACCCUCGUAGACCACAGCAGAAUCCGGUUCCCAAUAUCCCGUCGAACCAGAUCUACAUCGCGUCUGCAUCCAUAGACGGCCAUGUCUGUGUGUCCUCUUUGGUCGAUCCCAAAGACGUUACCCUGCGCAAUUUCGCGCGCCCUGUCCAAGCUGUCGCACUCUCGCCGGACUACAAAAACGAUCGCUCAUAUCUGUCAGGAGGCCUGGCUGGCGAACUGAUCCUGACGAGUGGAGGCCCAAUAGGCACUCGCGCGACUGCGAACACAAGCUCAGCAUCUCAGGCGGCUCAUGGCUGGCUUGGAGCGAUAGGCCUCGGUGGAAAUAGUGGUCGAGAUACAAUUCUGCAUUCUGGAGAAGGUUCCAUCAGCACCAUCAAAUGGUCUCUGUCCGGGAAGUACAUGGUAUGGGUCAACGAGGAAGGCAUUAGAUUCAUGCGUACGAACUUGUUCCUGGACAGCGCAGAUUCUGAACUUGCUUGGAAGAGGAUCGGCUUUGUUGGAAAGCCCAACCGCCGCGUCUGGCAAGAUAUGGCUGCGUUGUGGAAAGCAAGAGUCGAGUGGGUCGACGACGAGUCGCUGGAGUCUGACGAUGAUGCAAUCAUGAGCAUGAACGACCAUCGUGAUCACGGCAAGGCCGAAUCCACUCUUCCUCAGCACCGAAGACAUAAGCAAGGAAAGCAGCCCAAGAAAGAGAAGGUUGAGAAGUUGGUCGUAGGCUGGGGAGAUGCCGCCUGGAUCAUUCAUGUCAUUCCUGGGGAAGUCUUCGGUAAUGGCAGGACCGGCGAAAGAUCUCCUGGCAGCAUCGAAGUCCCUCACCAUCUCAAGUUUGACGAUUGUAUUGUUUCUGGAAUCUCGCUUUAUACCCCUUCCCUACUUCUAGUUCUUGCAUAUCGCACACACGACGAUGACGACAACCCCAUCGAAACGACUCCACGACGCGGCAUGCACCGACGCGCGAAUGGCUUGUCUCCUGAGCUCAAACUCAUCGAUGCUGUCACUCAGGAGGAAGUUGAGGUUGACUCUCUGACAGUCAGCAGAUACGAGACUCUUUCGGCAGCCGAUUACCAUCUGGGAACACUAUAUGUACCGCAUCCAAAGGCCAUGACGCCUGCACAAAAGAGCGCACUCGAGGCCAUUGGGGGAGGAAUCUGGGACGCCGGUGUCAGCGCGACGAGGAUCUUCAGUUCUGGUGCCAGUGUUCUCAGCCUACCAAUAGGUUCAGAGUCAAGACCGGCAUCAUUGUCGUCGGCCAGCGGCACUGUGCCAUCUGCGGCCGCUCGUGGACGACAAACGCCGGUACACCCUAAUGCUGCGACAGCUGGUCUCAAGGUCUUUAUCCACAGUCCGUAUGACUGUGUGCUGGCAAUAAAGCGAGAUCUGGCAGACCAUUUCAGCUGGGAACUAGAGCAUGAGAACUACAAAGAUGCUUGGGAGCUUCUGGAAGAUCACCCAGAAGUUAUUAGCUCUGCCAGCCAGUCGGUGACGGAAACCUCGCCAGCCAGCACGCCGGCCCAGAAGCGAGGAAGCCUGCAAGACUUCUUCGCUGAUGAGACUGAAUCUCAAGACACUGUCUCUGCCGUGAGAGUGAAUCAAAACACUGCUAUUGAGAAAGAGAAGCGACGCGUUGGUGAUCUCUGGGUACAGCAGCUGGUGAACGCAGGCGACUGGAAAGAAGCUGGUAAAGUUGCCGGUCGUGUCUUAGGCACCUCUGCCAAAUGGGAGCAUUGGGUCUGGAAGUUCGCGCAGACGAAUCAUUUCAACGAAAUCUCACCCUACAUCCCAACCAAACAGAUGCAGCCACCGCUGCCAUCCAUGGUGUACGAAGUAAUUCUUGGACAUUACAUCAUCAACGAUCGGAUACGAUUCAAGCAUCUGCUUGAAGCAUGGGAUCCAGAUCUCUUCGACAUCAACAGCGUGAUCGAAGCUAUCAAGGCCAAGCUGAACGCUGGAGAUGUCACCGAAGACUCGAUCGAGGGUAACGAACAAGGCCGCGACUGGCGAAUACUGCAAGAUGGUCUUGCCAAGCUCUAUCUUGCAAGUGGUCGCCAGAGAGAAGCACUGCGCUACUACAUACGCCUGCAAAACGCCGAUGCUGCUAUGGGCAUCAUUCGUGACUUCCAUCUCGUGGAGGCUGUCAGGGACGACAUCCCUGGCUUUAUUCUGCUGCGUGUGUCGAGAGAGCAGAUGGCAUCAGCACCUCUACAAGAGCUGGAAGAGGCAUCAUUGGAGACCAUUGAAGUGCUUGUCGAGGAAGGUUGUCGUGGAACCAUUCCAGCUGACGAUGUCGUCACCCAGCUUCAAGAGAGCAAGAAAAGGGACUCGUUCCAACCAUUUCUGUUCUUCUACCUCCGACGCCUGUGGAAGCCAGAACUACACGAGCGCAAAGCCAGAACGGCGAAAGAGCGAGUUGCUGAAGACCGCCUGGCUGCAGAUGGCAAGAUCGUGGCCGAAGGUUUCUCUGACCUUAUGGUUGAGCUGCUUGCUGAGUACGACCGCGCACUAUUGAUGGAGUUCCUCCGCAAGUCGCAAAGCUUCGAUUUGAGCAAGGCCACGGCUAUCUGCGAGAGCAGAGAGUACAUCCCAGAGCUUGUACACAUACUCUCAAAAACCGGUCAGACUAAGCGCGCCUUGUACCUGAUCAUCGAGAAACUUUCAGAUGUCAGCUUUGCCAUAUCGUUUGCGAAAGAACAGGACGAUCCAGAUCUGUGGAACGACUUGCUUGACUAUUCUAUGGACAAGCCGCAGUUCAUCAGAGGGUUACUUGCAGAAGUCGGUACAGCCAUCGACCCCAUCCAACUCGUCCGCCGCAUCCCCGAGGGUCUGGAGAUUGAAGGUCUGAGAGACGGCAUCGGCCGCAUGGUCCGUGAAUAUGAAAUCCAACACUCCAUCUCAGAAGGUGUAGCGAAGGUGCUGCGCGGUGAAGUCGCAGCUGGCAUGGACACACUUCGUGCAGGACAAAAGCGAGGCGUCAAGUUUGAAGUCAUACCGUGUGAUGAUGAUUCAGAUGCUUUGCAAGAGAAGCUGCCUGGUGCACAGAAUGGGCUACCAAAGGGCAAAGAAGUCGAUCUGAGACCCAGGGGCGUUGACCCAAAGACGGCUGCAAAGGUGCUCAGCAGCGGUAACAACACAGUAGCUACCUCGACAAACCCAACUCCUGUCCCUGACCCUGCACCAGCAGAGGAUCCGAACGUUGAGGCUCCACCAGGUCACUGCACAGGCUGCCGUGAGGCCUUCAUCCUGCCCACCGCAGAAGAGGAAGAGGUUAUGGACACACCGCUGCCAAAGUCUCGAGAUACACUAGUUGGCUUUGCAUGCGGUCACGUCUUCCAUCUUAGCUGCUUGCUGCCAGAGACGAGCGCUAGUGCUAGUGUCGCUGCAACACUUCAGCAGCAACUCGCCAAUGAUGCUUUGGAGAGUGGCGGCAGAUGGAGCAGGAGUGUCGGUGCGAAGGUUGCGCACGCACAUGUUAUCAAGAGCGCGAUAGGGCGUGGGUGCGUUGUUUGUCGUGAGCGGGAAGGUAUGGUCGGCGAUGACUAG